AGGUCGAUAAUAGAAAGACUGUGGCAAUGCUGUCUUGCAACGAAUGGGAGGAGCCCAUAGAUAAUUUCAAUUUGAAUUUACUCUAUUAUCUAUAAAUGGAGGGGUCUUUGUGUAAAUUCAGAUUAGCAAUGGGUCUUAUAUCAGGAACCAGUAUGGAUGGCAUUGAUGUUUGCAUAAUAAAAAUAAAUAUUUCAGAUUCGUCACGAGACGACAUUCUUGAUUUUUCCGUUGUCGAUUAUAUGACAGUUCCAUAUCCUCAUGGGCUGAAAGAAGACUUGCUGAAUAUUGGAAUAAAUGGUAGAACAAGAGAUGUUUGUCUCUAUCAUUCUCUCCUCGGUCGGUUAUUCUCUGAUGCAGCAAAAGCAAUGAUGGAGAAACUGCAUAUCAAAAGCAGUGACAUAUAUGUGAUUGGGUCUCAUGGACAAACAGUUCUUCAUUUACCUAAUCCUGUUCAGCUCUAUGGUCAUAGUAUCAAUGGUUCAUUGCAGCUUGGUGAUCCAAGUAUAAUUGCAAACCACACUGGUGUUACUACCGUUGGGGAUUUUAGAACAGCCGAUAUGGCUUUAGGAGGAGAGGGAGCACCUCUUGUACCAUAUCUUGAUUUUAUAUUACUCAAACAGCAUUUCAUGGAAACCAAACGAGUUGGAGUUUUUUUGAAUGUUGGCGGAAUUAGUAACAUAUUCUCUGGAAAUCCUCAUGAAGGAAUGAAUGAUACAGAUAUGGAAUGCAUUGGGUUUGACUGUGGACCAGGCAAUGUCCUGAUAGAUAGUUUAAUGCAAAUUUUCUAUGGAAGGGAAUUUGAUCAAGAUGGCACUGUAGCCAGUGAAGGGAAUAUCAAUGACAGUCUUUUGUCUUGGCUAAUGAAAGACAAGUUUGUCUUAAGGUCUCCACCAAAAUCUACUGGGAGAGAAUUAUACAAUGCUGAUUACGUCCAUGAGAUUGUAAAGAAGUGCAAAGAUGACAGUAUUAGCAACAAAGAUUGCAUCAGUACUGUCACAGCAUUCACAGCUUGUGCAGUUCAUUAUAACUUUAAGCAAUACGUCCAAGCUCUUUUAAAUGAUCAGGCAGAGUCUGAUAUUGACCUGUUUGUGAGUGGAGGUGGAUACAGAAAUAAUGCAUUAGUGAAGUGUUUAAGAGAUUGUUUUAAGCCAGUGAAAAUAGUUAGCACUGAUGAAUUAGGCAUUCCUUGUGAUGCUAAAGAAGCUGCUUGUUUUGCUGUUCUAGCUUAUCAAGCUGUAGCUGGAUGCAAGAAUCACUUGCCAUCUGUUACAGGUGCUUCUGGCUCGACUAUACUUGGAAAGGUAUGCAGGACUGACUUGCAAAGAAAAUGAAAGAAAAAUCUUUUAUAAUGAACACUUUUACACAUGUAGCUUUUGGUGUUGUGCCAGUGUGAUGCAUAAUUAA